CUAAAAAUGGCGAAGUGUGUGAUGUUGACUUCGUUUCACAAAUCUGUUUAAAUUCUAAUUUAUAAGUUCAAUGUGAAAUCGGUUAACUGUUUGUGGAAAAAAAUUGAGCACAAAAUCAUUCCUACAAAUUAUUAGAAUUUUUUUGCUACUGAUCAGCUGACAAUCAGCUUCAUCAGUGGAAAUGAAAGUCUGGGGUGCUCAUGGCGAAUUCUGCGCUCGACAUCAAUGGGAGGUGAUUGUAGCCACGUUAGCCUUACUAGCCUGUGCGGCCAGCGUUGAGAGACACAGUCCCGCCACGUCCCAACGCUGUGCGGGAUGGGCCAGAGCCUGUCCAGGGCUCGAAGCGGAAUAUCAAGCAGCUGACGCUGUGAUCAUGACUUUUGUUCGCUGUGCAGCCCUUCUAUACGCCUACUACCAAAUUUCAAACCUCCACAAAAUAGCAUCGAAGUACUUACUUAUCAUAGCUGGAGUGUUUUCCACAUUUGCAAGUUUCAUUUUCACUUCUGCAUUAGCUAGUUUGUUCUUCAGCGAACUGGCGGGUAUAAAAGAUGCACCGUUCCUGUUUUUAUUAGUUGCUGAUGUUGCAAGAGGAGCUAGAAUGGCGAAAGCUGGAUGGUCCGCUGGUGAAGAUCAGGGAAAAAGAGUUGGCAGAGCCCUGGCUUUGUUAGGACCUACAGCAACUUUGGACACUCUUCUUGCAGUCUUGCUAGUUGGAGUUGGAGCGUUAUCCGGAGUACCAAGACUGGAACAUAUGUGCACGUUUGCCUGUUUAGCUCUCUUAGUGGAUUAUUUAGUAUUUGUAACGUUUUACCCGGCGUGUUUGUCCCUUGUAGCUGAUUUCACAUCGGGACGUAAAGAUAUGACACCUGACGGUCCGUUCUCGGAAGCCGAAUUGAAACCGAAUCCAGUUGUCCAAAGAGUUAAGAUGAUCAUGGCUGCAGGUCUUCUCUGUGUACAUUUGACAAGUAGAUGGCCCUGGUCUUCUGAUUCUGGCAUCAUUGAAGGUCCAUUGAAUGACAACUUGACUCAAACUACACCAGAAAAUGUCUUAUUUAAUUCCUACCUAAAAUGGUUUUCAGUCAGUGCUGAUUAUAUUGUCAUAGCUACUUUAUUAUGUGCUUUGAUUAUCAAAUUUGUAUUUUUCGAAGAGCAGCGCAACUGGGUGAUUGAUAUGAAUGACAUGACAGUCAAAGAAGUUGUGGAAGACAAGCAAAAAGGCAAAAAACCAAUGUUUUCUAUCUCGGACGAGAUAAGUACUGACGCUGGAACUCAAACUGAAUAUCUCGACACAGAUAUGGAAUGGCUAACCUUAUCUCCCAGUUCUUCUGCUAACAAACUGAAUACUAAAAAACGUCCCUUGGCAGAAUGUUUAGAAAUCUAUCGCUCGGAAGAAUCCUGCACUUCCUUAAACGACGAAGAAGUCGUCAUGCUCGUCGAACAGUCACAUAUACCACUGCACAGACUUGAAAAUGUCCUAGAAGACCCAGUAAGAGGUGUCAGACUACGCCGUCGAGUAAUAUCUGCAAGAUUCGAAGUAGAAAAAGCUGUGAAACUUCUACCAUAUUUGAACUACGAUUACACGAAAGUUAUUGGCGCAUGUUGUGAAAAUGUCAUUGGCUAUGUUGGUGUACCGGUGGGCUAUGCAGGUCCUUUAGUCGUGGACGGUAAAGCGUACAUGAUACCAAUGGCCACUACUGAAGGGGCUUUAGUAGCUUCCACUAAUCGUGGAGCGAAAGCUAUAGGAAAUAGAGGUGUGACAAGUGUAGUCGAAGAUGUGGGAAUGACGAGGGCCCCAGCUGUCAGACUUCCCAACGUUGUCAGAGCCCACGAAUGUCGGCAAUGGUUAGAUGAUAAAGCCAACUACGAAGUUGUCAAAGAAGCGUUUGAUUCAACGUCCCGCUUUGCGAGGUUGCAAGAUAUACACAUUGGUGUUGAUGGACCAACCCUAUACUUGCGGUUUAGAGCUACAACUGGAGACGCUAUGGGCAUGAACAUGGUGUCGAAAGGUGCAGAAAACGCUCUAAGAGUCCUUAAAAGUUAUUUCCCGGAUAUGGAAGUUAUAAGUUUAUCUGGCAAUUAUUGUUCAGAUAAGAAGGCUGCCGCAAUCAAUUGGAUUAAAGGACGAGGUAAAAAGGUUGUCUGUGAGACCAUAAUUACGGCGGAAAGUUUGAAAAAUGUCUUCAAAACUGAUGCUAAAACUCUUGCAAGAUGUAAUAAAAUCAAAAAUCUAUCAGGCUCUGCUUUAGCUGGGUGUAUAGGGGGUAACAACUCUCACGCAGCAAAUAUGGUGACAGCAAUCUUCAUUGCAACAGGACAGGAUCCCGCGCAAAAUGUAACCAGCAGCAGUUGUUCCACAAGUAUGGAAGUAUGUGGUGACAAUUAUGAUGAUCUUUAUGUGACUUGCACGAUGCCAUGUUUGGAGGUUGGUACUAUUGGUGGGGGAACCGUUUUGACAGGACAGGGGGCGUGUUUAGAUAUCCUUGGAGUCAGGGGAGUAGGCGCAAGACCUGCUGAGAACUCAGCACGUCUUGCUUCCUUGAUUUGCUCUACAGUUUUGGCUGGGGAACUCAGUCUUAUGGCUGCUUUAGUCAAUUCUGACUUAGUGAAAUCCCAUAUGAGGCAUAAUAGGUCUAACGUAAACGUUCAGCUGUCAAAUAGCUACGUCCCUGAAACGGGGAUUACUUUGAAAGUGCCUAAAUCAUAACAUAUUUCAAUAUUUUUAAUAUUAAGGCCGAAUGGACGAGAAUUCUUUUACAAGAAACGAAAUUAUGUUCUUUAUCGAUGACGAGUAUAAAGGCUAAUAAAUUGAACCCGCAAUUGGUAGCGCUAAUAUUGACUUUGACAUCGACGUAGUGUUUGUAGAAUAUUUCUAUUUUUCGCACUUGAGUCUAAAACGUAUUAAACUUUACAGGGUGUUGCGAAGUUAUUCGAACUUGAAAAAGUUGUACCAGUAUAAAAGUAUUUGCAAAUAGAAAAAAGUAAGUCUUUGAGAAAAUAUAUUGUUAGUUAGUUGUGAAUAUUCAUUUUAAAAAAAGGAAACUUCGUGGAUCCUCUGUAUGGUUUUUAUUGACGAUAAUAUCUUAGUUUGACUCUUUAUUUACAAGGUUUUAUUUUAUUAUCUUUUUAUUGGCUCCCUGCGAUCAAACCUUGCGGCUAAAAAACGACCACAACACAACGGUCAAAACUUUGCAAAUAAGUCUGUCAUUACGUAUAGAUAAGAUUAGCCAAAUGUCUAUGCAUUGUUGCUAAUGCUCAUAGUGUAAUGUUGGCAUCCGACAUUUUGACGUAAAAUGUCGAGGGCCUCGGUUGACUAAAGAUCCCCAUUUAUAUAUAAACACAUGUAAGCUGAGUUGGUGUUAGUCAUCGAGUAUAUAACCAGAAAUAGAGACGAAAUUAGGGCCAUCCAUCCCUCACAACGCAUCAGGCAUGAAAUCGCAAAUUAGAAAUCUGAAAUAGUACAGCGCCAACAACUGACCUGACAUGUACGUCUCCGUAUGUUCCAAAAAUAUUCUGUAUUUAUUGUAAUAAAGAUAAUAUCUUUAACAAUGC